AUGACGUAUACAGUCGGGUGGUGGGAGAUUGUGGCGCUCUUGCUUAUGAACGCGGCACUCGUAGUUUCAAUAUUUCCGGCUUCCAGUUUCAACGUCAGACCAGAUACGCCAGCUCCUGAAUUCCUACCGAGUCCAUUAAAUAUAACUUUCCGGCGCGGGGAGAUGGCAGUACUGAGAUGCAGCGUUUACAACCUCGGAACUAAAACGGUUGUUUGGAGGAGACAGGAACAUUCUUUCCCAUUGACAUCCGGCACGAUGACUGUUGUUGCAGACGACCGGAUACAGAUCGGUCACGUUGACUUUUUGAAUCAAUGGGAUCUAAUGAUUAAAAAUGUGCAACCUGCAGACGAGGGCGUGUAUGAGUGCCAGGUGGCAUCGACCAAUAAGAAUAUACGCAGAAUGGUCUCUCUCACUGUGAUUGGAUGA